AUGGCUCAACGGUGGACGUCCGUGAUCGAAAAUGAGAUACAAGCUAGAAACGCCGAGAUAUCAUCCAUCAACCACCAAAUACACUCCAAUCCCGAGCUAGCAUAUGAAGAGUUCAAGGCACACGAAGCCUUCGUCACCAUCCUGACCUCACUGGGCUUCAAGGUGACGCCCCAUGCCUUUGGGCUCGAGACAUCAUUCUCUGCCGAGUUCGGCUCUGGUGGCCGUCUUGUCAUCUUCAAUGCCGAGUAUGACGCCCUUCCUGGCAUCGGCCACGCCUGUGGACACAACUUGAUUGCCUCAGCAUCGUUCGCCUCGUUCCUUGGCGUUGCGGCCGCUCUCAAGGCAUCCGGCCUGCCAGGUCGUGUUCGUCUCCUGGGGACUCCUGCCGAGGAGGGAGGUGGUGGUAAACUGAAGUUGAUUGCAGCCGGCGCUUACAAGGGAGCUUCGGCAGCGUUGAUGGUCCAUCCAGGGCCAGGCCACAACCUCCCGUCCCACAUCCGGGGCGUCUCUUUUGUGCGCAUGCUGGCCAACGUCAAGUUCCGUGUCCACUUCACCGGCAAGGAGUCGCACGCGGCCAUCGCGCCUUGGGACGGAGUCAACGCACUCGAUGCUGUGUGCCUCUCGUACAAUGCCAUCAGCAUGCUGCGCCAGCAAAUUCGCCCGUACGAUCGCAUCCACGGUAUCUUCAAAUCGGCCGGUGACCGGCCCAACGUCACACCGGGGAACUGCUGCGUCGAAUACUACAUCCGCAGCCAAACACGUGCGCAGGCGGAGGCGCUGUGGCAGCGAGUGCUAAAGUGUUUUGAGGGCGCUGCGCUCGCAACCGGCUGCCAGAUGCACACGGAGCCCCUCAACUCGUAUGCCGACGUUCGACCAAGCGCAUCACUGUGCAAGGCAUAUGUCGAGGCGAUGCCGGAGGGAACGGUCUCUUAUGACGAGCCGAAGGAUAUCCUAGCUGGUAGCACCGACAUGGGCGACGUCUGCUACGAGUGCCCCGGGUUCCACGGUGUUUUCGGAAUCGGCACAGAGGAGGGCUCGCCGAACCACACCAAGGGAUUUACGAGGGCCGCCGCAACGGAGGACGCGUUUGCGAGAGCGGUGGAGUGCGGGAAAGGCAUGGCUCUAGUGGGGUGGAGGGUCUUGAGCGAUGAUGUGUUUGCAGACGAGAUGCAAAAGGAGUGGGAGGCCGACAUGAAGCUCGCUGCCCAGGGAAAAUAA